GGAUCGCCAAGGAAGGUUUCGACAUGAACCAGUUUUGGAGCUGCGUCAUUGAACCAUUGACCCCGCGCUGGGCUGCGCAUUUUGAAGACUUCCUCGAAGUGGUUCGGAGAGAUGGCUCCAAGUGUCCCAGCUUGGCGGUCACCUUGCUGAGAGUCGUGAGGACAAACUGGACGAGCCGGCGUGGCCUCAAAAGCGCUGAGGCGCUGGCCUUGUCAAUGAGGCUGGGCGGAAGCCUUGCGCAGGUGGAGGUGGAGCUGACGCUACUCCAGCAGGAGGUGGCCUUGCGGAAACCCACCUGUCACCUCGAAGCCUGGCUCCCAGCAUUGGAGCUCAUGGAAGCCGCCAGCUUGGGCGGUGAGUUUGUGGCUACGCUAUUGAAUCAUGCAGGCAUUCAUGACCUUUUACAAGUCCUCUCGCAGAAGCCUUUUGGUGAGUGGCCUUUUCAGCAGCUUGUUUUGGCCCAUGCUCGGGAGAUGUGCCAGCGCUACUAUGCUUUGGCCACACGGAAGGAUGCCACGAAGCUGUUGGACAGGAUUGAGCAGGUUGCAGAUGUGUCUCAGGCUUUUUGCGUGCCCUUGCUUGCAGACCUGGUCGAGACGCCGUCGCUCGGGUGGCGAAAAGCCAUCGAGGACGAGGCUUGCUUGCGUUUGCCGGCUUGGCGCCGGUUCAGCCAGUUGCAUGGGCCUCAGAUUGAUGUGUUCAUGCUUGUCAGCAUUGUCCUUGUUGAUAUUUGGCGGGUUCUUCUUCUGGGAUUUUUUUGGUUCCUGAAUCGCGGAGCGUCAGAUCCAAGGUUGGAAGGCUUCUACCUGCAGCUGCGCCAAGAGUUGGAAGAAAACUAUCGGAGACUCUGCUCUCUAGAGUUUUCCUUGGCCGACUGCAUUGUGCUUUCGGAGGAGGGGCCCUUCCAAGCUGCUCUCCUGCACUUCAGCGUGCAACGCCCUGGCCUCUCCGAGCUGGGUGGUGAACUCCGCGCAUUGCGCAGGGGGAAGGAGAAAAUUAAGUGCUUCCGGACACUGGCGACCUGGCAUCCCAAGCUGGCACAGCAGCUGGAAGGCAGCUUGAAGGAGGUAGAGAGCCUGGAACUAGCCUGGGGCCAUGCACCAGCUUGCGAAUUGCGGACAAGAUGCCAAGCUCUUCUGCGGGAGGCACCUGACCCAAGAGUGCUCAAGGCCCUGGACAUGUCGCCCAUCAUCCGAACAGCAGUGCUUGAGGGCAUGAAUGUCUCGAUGGAGGUGUCGAUUCCAGAGACGGUGGAGAAGAUUCGAGUGGCCUGGGGAGGAGAGUUUGCGUCAUUGCUGUCCAGAGAGCUCAACCUUACAAGGGCCAAAGAACUGUUGGAACUUGGAAGAGACCGUCAAGACUGCAAAGACACUGCAUGGUUGGCAUUGGAGCUUCGAGUUGCUCCUUCACUAGGCAACUUUCAACAGGAGCUGUUUGAUCCUGAACAUUGCAAGAGGGUGGAGGCGGACCUGCAGGCGGUGGUGCAUUUUGCUGGCUAUUCCACGGUCUUGUCAGACUUGGAGAGUUUGCUAACCACUUUGCAGAAAAGGAGCUUGUUGAUUGCAGAUGAGUCCUUGCGGGAAUUCGAAGAGCAACUUUGUGAGCACAAGUCGCUGGAUUGGAGCUGCUGCCAACUCAGCCGCAUCCAGAGGUUUUCCAAGUCCCAUGUUUUGGGCUUGGAGGUCGAGUCGUUAGAAGCAGCUGCCUUGCACAGCAUCAUGCAGCAAGUGCCGCUCAUACAGAUGCUCGAAGAAGGAGAUCGGCAGCUGGACUUCCUUCAGGAUGCCGACCGUUUUCGGCAGCUCCAGGUGAUGGUUCGAGAGAGCUCGGCAGAUUUCGAUGGCUUUCAAGUUGCAGCGGUGCAGGAUCUAGACAACUUGAGACCCUUCCUGAUAGGUGUUCUGAUGCCCGAAGCGCAUUCCUUGUCAACGUUGUUGAAGGCCCUGAAGCAACAUCGUUCAACACCUUUGAAGCUAGUGGCGCGAGCAUCAGAUCUCCUACGUGUGGUUGGCCUCUUGCACACAGACCUCUCGAAAGAUGUGCGCUGCCGGGACAUGGAGCUUUUUCAGGAGAUGUGGAGGGACAUGGCGGAUCAGUGAUCGCAAUCGCACUGCGCUACUGGUGAAGAGUGGGGCCUAUAACUUCGAUCGGGUGCAGAAGAUGCGGGAUAGGCUUUUGCUCGAUCUUGGAUCCGCG